GCCAUGUUAGAAUACCGGGCUGGCCACUCGGCUCUACUGUGCAGAAGAACCUGCUCCUCGUUCCUACCUGUUCCUCGGUCCAGCGGUGUCCUGCUUUCACCAGCUGUCUUCUCUUCCCGGCACCGGCAUCUUCAGUCCGCUCCCCAAAGGGCUGCAGUCUCUGGUCAUCUCCUGUACUGUGUCCGCAGUCUCUGGUCAUCUCCUGUACUGUGUCCGCAGUCUCUGGCCAUCUCCUGUACUGUGUCCCCAGUCUCUGGCCAUCUCCUGUACUGUGUCCCCAGUCUCUGGCCAUCUCCUGUACUAUGUUUGCAGUCUCUGGUCAUCUCCUAUACUAUGUCUGCAGUCUCUGGUCAUCUCCUGUACUAUGUCUGCAGUCUCUGGUCAUUUCCUGUACUAUGUCUGCAG